UGAUCUGUAUGUUGGUAUUACUUUUACCGAAUGCGUUACAAACAUGGCUGUGGAAAACGAAGAUACGUCUAAAGGUGCACGUGGAAAAGUUGUUCUUGUAGCACAGGAAAUAGCAUUUGCAAAAAUACUAGCAGGAAAUAAUAAAACACUCCGUGAUAGAGGCGUUAAAAGACUUAGUAGUUGGCUAAAGGCCCGAUCUAGUGGAACAUGCGAUUUUACUGAUGAUGACUUCAUGAGGAUUUGGAAGGGUCUGUUUUAUUGUAUGUGGAUGGCAGACAAACCCCUUGUACAGGAAGAACUGGCAGAGAAAAUUAGCCACCUUAUACAUUGUUUUAAAAAGACUGAUCUAGCAAUUAUGUUUAUCAAGUGCUUUUACCAUACUAUGGUGACAGAUUGGUAUAGCAUUGAUCAGUUUCGUUACAAUAAGUUUCUGAUGCUUGUGCGUCGCUUCCUGCGUCAGACAUUUGAAUUUUGCCAGAAAUGCAGUUGGAAUGCAGAUGUGGUUCAAAGAGUGUGCAGUAGUUUCACUGCAACCAUUUUAUCUACAUCAGUCAGUGUGAUUAUUAGCCAUCCUGCCAGUUUGAUUAUGCAUUUUUGUGAUAUUUAUCUCCAAGAGCUCUCCAAGGUUAGCCGAGGGAAACUGCCUGUUGAUAUGCUGACUGCCUUCCUGCAGCCAUUUAUGAGUUAUCUUGCAGAAGAAAAUAAUGGAAGAUUGAGAAAUAUGGUUGAAAAUGAUGUGUUCCAUUACCUGAUUAAGCAGUCUGAUGCUGGAAUAGAGCUCGAAGAGUUACGAAGAGCUUUGAAUGAUGCUGGAUGUUCAAGUGGUAGUUGGAAAAACAUAGAGAAAGUUGAUGAGGCUGACAGUGAUGUGGCUUCAGAAGAUUUAGAUAGUGAUGCGGGCAAAGAAAUGUCAGACAGUGAAAGUGUUGAGGAUGGUCCCUUAGAUCCAAGAGCUGGUCGAGUGGAUGUGGAGCUGCCCCAACUUCCGUUUGAUGCACAAGGAAUUGCAGAUACGCUGUGGGAGCAAAGUCAGAAAUGCGUCAAAAAUAAGAAUAGGCGCUCUUUACAGUCACUUGCAGAGAAGUUCAAGAGGAUGGCUGCAGGAACCUUUUCACGGGCAGUAGUGGAACGUCUGAUGAAAUCGAAACCCAAGAUUGAGAGAUUCCGAUUAAAAAACAAACACAUUAACAAAGCAGCUCUCCAGUUGACAAAUUUUGAAAAAAAUGGAGGAAGGAGAAGACAAAAGAAAAAGAGGCGUGGGCAGAAGAAAUUUGUUCAAGAAUCUUCAACAAAAGAAGAUGAUUCAGUGGCAACUAACAAUUUAAACAGACUGGUGCUACAAACAUCUGAGAAAAGUAAAAAAACAAAUACAUGUGUCAUUGAACCAACUGAAGGAAGCAGUGUUCCUGUUGUGACAAAUGAAUGUCUCUUACAAAAGACAGCAAAUAUCAGAGUAAUAGAAAAUGACAGUGAAGAUGGCCAAAAGAACAGGAAAGAAAUAGGAGAAAACAAUUCUGAUGACUCGAUAGUAAUUCAAGGUUUGAAGAGGAAAUCUGAUUUAUUGCUGACAGAAUUUGAAAAUGUGGAUGUGGGGGUACAGCAGUUCAAGGUGCAAAGAAAAGAAUCACACAAGGCCCUGAAUAUGGAGGAGGAUGUGAAAAGUGAAAUGUCUAAAAAGAAAUCUGCUGAAGGAAUGCGGAGGUACAGCUUAAGUAAUCUCACUUCUAAGUCGUUCACCCCAGCGAGCAGAAUGAGUGUAGGGGGCGACUGGAAAGUGAGUGAUGUCGCAGAGACUAGUCUAAAGUCUGGCAGUGAAGUGAAGGCAGUAACACCAUCUAGUGGCAAGAAAGUAAACAUAGCCCUCAACAGGAACAGUGAACAAGGUGUCCGUGAAUACCACAUGUCUGUCAUACGAAGUCCAGCCAUUCCAUUUGAUGCAAGCAAGAAGCCUAGUCAAGGUGUAUUGAAACCCUGUCCUGUUGGCAGUCGAAUUAACCCAUUCUAUAAGCUUAACAAAAGGAAAAACUUUGCAAUUAAUAUUUGUAAUAAAUUCUGAAGGGUUUGCCUGAUGAUGGUGUAAUACAGUCUGGAUUGAUUGUACAUUAUCCAUUGUUUGAUGUUAUAUAAUAUGCAACAUUUUGAGGACUGGAUGUGUCGUCUUCAGGUAUAAUGAACGUAACAUCAGGCAUUGGGCAAGGUACGAAAACCCAACAAACCAGAUAAUAUUUGUAAGCUUCAAGUGGUAUUGUGUUCAUUAUGAGUCAGUGUGUACACAAUUGUAAAACUUGGUAUGAAAUAUUGAAAGUAAUAUCAAUAAAAAUAAAGGAAGGGGUGGAAAUUGACUAGA